GCUACUUGGAUAAAAGAGAAAAGCAUCCAUGUCCUAUGUAUGUUUUUGAUACCUGUACUCGUUGACUCUUAAACGUUAAGCAUUUAUCCACAACAGACAUCAAGGUCCACCAAAAAUGGGUCAACAGAUCUCCAGUUCCAUGGACAAACCAGAGUUGUUGUAAUAACCCUUUACUAAGGAGGGACCACUUUCCCCGUCUUUUCAUUCAGCACGGUAAGAGUGUAUAGUAAUUACGAUCGAGGAAACGCGGUUCCUGCCUGGGAAGAAAGCGGUCCAGGCAUAGCGAAACGGUACCAGUACGGUACAGGGACAUUCUCUCGAGCGAUGAGCCUCGGCCGAAAAGCAUUGUCGGCUUCUGAACCUUUCCCAAUCCAACUCCUCCCCCCGGAUCCUGUGGUCCUUGAGAACUGCUUUAAGAUCUCGCUGUCUCGUCCUUUUUCCCCGAUCCUUUUCUUCUCCUCAGACCUUAUUCUUCCUUGUCCUUUCUUUACACUUAUUCUCCCUACAUUUCAUUUCUUUCACAAUGGCUCCCGCCCCCAGAGUAAUUGUUGUCGGCGGUGGAUUGUCCGGUCUCUCCGCCGCCCACACCGUCUACCUGAACGGUGGAAAUGUCCUCGUUUUAGAUAAACAAGCUUUCUUCGGUGGCAACUCCACCAAGGCUACUUCGGGUAUCAAUGGUGCCCUUACUCGCACCCAGGUCGACCUGGGCAUCCAGGACAGCGUCAAGACAUUUUACGACGACACCCUGAAAUCCGCCAGAGACAAGGCUCGCCCCGAGCUCAUUAAGGUUCUCACAUACAAGUCCGCUGCCGCUGUGGAAUGGCUGAUGGAUGUUUUCAACCUCGAUCUCACCCUUGUUUCUCGUCUUGGUGGUCACUCCCAGCCUCGUACACACCGUGGUCAUGACGCCAAAUUCCCCGGCAUGGCCAUCACCUACGCCCUCAUGCAACGGUUGGAAGAGCUUACCGAGAAGGAGCCUGAACGUGUACAGAUUGUCAAGAAGGCUCGCGUUACCUCCGUCAACAAGACUGGCAACACCGUAACUGGUGUUACCUAUGAGUAUGAUGGUGAGACACACACCGCCGAUGGUAUUGUCAUCUUGGCCACUGGUGGCUAUGCCGCAGACUUUGGCGACGGCUCGCUCCUGAAGCAGCACCGCCCCGACACCUUCGGUCUGUCUAGCACGAACGGUACUCACGCCACUGGUGAUGGUCAGAAGAUGUUGAUGGAGAUUGGUGCCAACGGUAUCGACAUGGACAAGGUCCAGGUCCACCCCACGGGUCUCGUCGACCCCAAGGACCCGACCGCCAAGUUCAAGUUCCUUGCUGCUGAGGCUCUCCGUGGUGAGGGUGGUCUUCUCCUCAACUCCGAUGGCCAAAGAUUCUCGGAUGAGCUCGGUCACCGUGACUACGUCUCGGGUCAAAUGUGGAAGGAGAAGGAGAAGGGCAAGUGGCCCAUUCGCCUCGUCCUGAACAGCAAGGCAUCCAACGUUUUGGACUUCCACACCCGCCACUACUCUGGCCGUGGUCUCAUGAAGAAGAUCUCCGGCAAGGAGUUGGCUAAGGAGAUCGGCUGCGGCGAGGCUGCUCUUCAGAAGACCUUCAAGGAAUACAAUGCCAUUGCUGAGGGCAAGGUGAAGGAUCCUUGGGGCAAGCGUUUCUUCCACAACAUGCCCUUCGACAUCAACGACACCUUCCACGUGGCUCUGAUGGAGCCUGUCCUGCACUUCACCAUGGGUGGUAUCGAGAUCAAUGAGCACGCCGAGGUUCUGAACUCGGAGCAGAAGCCUUUCGAGGGUCUCUAUGCUUGUGGUGAGCUUGCUGGUGGUGUCCACGGUGCCAACCGCCUGGGUGGUUCUUCUCUCCUGGGAUGUGUUGUCUACGGUCGCGUUGCUGGUGACAGCGCCAGCCAGCACCUCUUCCAGAAGCUGGUCUCUGGCGGUGCUUCCAGCGCUUCUCAGCGUUUGGGCCAGAUCUCUCUGCACAUCGAUCCGUCUACUCCAGGAAAGAUCUCCGUCGAGUGGAGCGGUGCUACUGGCAGUGGUGCUCAGAUUCCGGCAGGUGCUGGAACUCCUGCUGCUACUGCUGAGCCUGCUAAGGCUAGCGCUACCCCGGCUGGUGCCUCUUCCACCGCUAAGGCCAAUGAACCCAAGAAGUUCGAGAUCCCCGCGACCGAAUACUCCAUGGAAGAAAUUGCCAAGCACAACAAGAAGGACGACCUGUGGAUCGUCGUCAAGGGUGUCGUCCUGGAUGUGACUAACUGGUUGGAUGAGCACCCUGGUGGCGCUAACGCUCUCUUCAACUUCAUGGGCCGUGAUGCCACCGAAGAGUUCGCCAUGCUUCACGAUGACGAAGUCAUCCCCAAGUAUGCCGCUCAGAUUGUCAUCGGCCGCGUCAAGGGCCAGACCCCCAGCCUCGAGCUUUAGAUUGUGCAAUAGAAUGGGAACGAUACAUUUUGGACAGAGAAAAUUAUUUGACGCAGCUAGUUCUUGAUACAUACCCUUUUUCUCCGCGUUUGUCAUUUAUUACUACCAUGAUCAUUUGUGAUGAUAUACGGGGCAAGCACCCCGUCUUUUCAUGUUUAGUCUGUACGAUAGUACAAUUGAAUAUUUCGAAUCACCUUGUUACCACGUAUCAUUUCUCGCCUUGGGUGUUUCUCAUAU